GCAUCAGCAGCAGCGACACCAGUACUGUGUGUGUGUUUGUGUGUGUGUGCGCGCGCGCAAGCGUGUGUCUGUGUGUCAGGGGUCAGGGUCUGAGCACUGGGAACCCAUCUCUCUCACUCUACCUCUGCACGGAGACAGUCUGACCCACACGGAGGAGGAGGGACAGGAGUGCGGACAGAGAGUGUCUCUCCUCUUUCUCUCUGUAGUCCCUCUCUCUCUCUCUCUCUCUCUCUCUCUUUCUCUCUGUAGUCCCUCUCUCUCUCUUUCUCUCUGUCCUUCUGCAUGCAAACAGUCUCACCCACAGGAGACCGAGUGGAGUGUAGACAGGCAGGAUGAUGCUUGAGACGCAGCAACAGACUUAAAGGCAGCAGGGACCCUGUCCGCUCAACUCUAUGAAAACCACCACAGCUGUCAAUCAAGCGCUGCCCCCCCACUACCACCACCCCUCUUCUCGUCUGUGGCGCUCGCCUACAAAAUCCAGAGAAAAGAUCCUGAGAAACUCUACAGUAAGCAAUCAGUUUCUCCCCUCUCCAAACCAAGCACACCCCAAACUUAAAGCCAGUAUGCCAAUCACUGUGCAAAAUAUCACGGCCACGUCGGCCAUAGUGAGCUGGCCUUCGGCACCCGUCUGCCUCGACACUUUCUACAGCAUCAUGUACCACCCCAACUGGAACAGCCUGCUGAUGGGCUACACGCGCAAGAGCUUCCUACGUGAGGACCGUGUGCCGGUCAGCCAGACCACCACCCUCCUUGGCAACCUGAGCCCGCAGACCACCUACAUCCUGUGCGUGUCGUGCAAGUCAGCGGCCAACCCCGUGCGCGGGCAGUGCCAGGUUUUCAACACGCUGUACGAGGGGGCGGAGAUGAGCAGCGGGCGCCGAGACCUGGCCAUGGGCGUGUGGCUGGCCAGCAGCCUCCUGCUGCUGGUCAUCGCUGUGGUGCUGCUCUGGGGCUGCCUGUACUCCAUGUGCCCCGGGCAGGGGCAGCAGCUGGGGGAGGGGGGCAAUUGCCCAGCAGCGAGCUCCCCACACCAGGGCCAGACCCUGGUGCCUGGCGGAAGAGGAGGAGGUGGAGGAGGAGGCGGUGCAGUGCAGGGGGCUGGGGAUAUAAGAGACAGCAGCUUCUACACGCCCAGCUGCAGUGAGGAGGAAAAGGAAGAGGACUCCCAGCAGGACAGAGUGCUGGCAAACCCCUCCCACAUGGAGCAAGGAGGGGGGGUCUUGGCUGAGGCUGAGACCCAGGGGCACGAGCUUGGAAGGCUCCUCAAAAAUAGCAAUGGAAGCCCAAACUGAGAUGCUGAUUCAUUGUCAACAGGACACUGCCGUCAUGCGACUGGGCAUUUUAACAGCAGCCAUGUGACGCAGUUUGAGACUAAAUGACCCAUACAAAUCAUUCUUUUUAUCAUGGGAGGCUGUUAUGGCUUCAAGGAUUGAAGAUAAUGAAUGUCGUACAGGAAGUCAAAGCAAUGAACACUGAAAGGUUUGUUUAUACGUGCUACAAAUUAUGUUUUUGUCUUUCUUAUGUAUCUUUCCGUGAAAAACGUCAAUGUUUGCGAUAGCUGACAAACAAACAGAAAAUGAAUGCAAACUACUGCUUUAAGGCAAAUGUCUCAUUUUCCAUAGUAGGGUAACUGACAAUCAUGUCAUUGUAUCGAUGUGUUUCAAGCUCCAUUUAUUUCCAUUUAAAGUCACUGUGGUAAAACAUGAGACACAAUUAACAUGAGCAGCAUCUAUCUGAUUGUAAGAUGUGUUCCCUUCCUUUCUGCCUUCCUUGUAUUACCACAGCACUGCGGAUUGUGGAUCUGCUAAAACAGGUCAUUAGAGUCAGUGUGAAAGAGAAAACCAAAUGAGAACAUUGCUUUCUAGCCCUUCAUUAGCCUUGCUGGCUGAGAUGUGAAAAAUAAAAUGAAUUCUUGUGUGAUCGUA